AUGUCUUCCACCACAACAAACAAUUCUAAAACAGAGUUAUAUGGAGGAGCAAUAACAAUAAAUAAAUUACCAUCAACAUUUAUUGAUAUCUCACAAAUACGACAAAUUCCAGAUACACAAGAAGUUUUUAUAAAUGAAGUAGAUAAUACAUUAAGUUAUGAUCAAUCAUUAAUAUUUGAUAUUUUAGAACAAGUCCCAACACCCAAUUAUUCAGAAGCAAUUCAAGAACAUUUAAUUGAUAUAGCUCCUACCGGUACAAUAAAUCAUUUAAUUGAAGAAUUUAAAGGAGAAGAUAUAGAAAAAUUUUUUAGUUAUAUAAUUUUUAAACCUGAGUAUAAGAGAGUUGAAGAAAAUCAAUCCAAACUUAAUAUUGUAUUAAUUUGUUUAAUUAGAAUUAAUAAAAUUAAAACUGAUAUUUUAAUUCAGUAUAUUAUACCAUUAAAGAAGAGUUAUGAUAUAACGUUAAUAAAUUUUAAAUCACCAAAAAAUGAAAUUGAUCAAUUAAUUAUUGAUAAUUUUGAAAAAUUUAAAGAAAUUUGUUUAAGUUUUAAAAUUGAAGAUUGGAAUUUAUUUGCAUCAUAG